GUACCUUCAGCAGUGAGCUGCUUAGAUGGAUUAGGAGUGGAGAGAGAGCAGCAGCUUGAGGGCAGCUUGUGUUCAGUAUCAGUCAGGAAAAAUGUGUCCUGUAUGAUACAUGGUAAAGACAUUGGUAGAUCUGGCCCUGCUUCUUUGUGUGAUGCUGAAACAUGUUGCUUUCAGUCCCAUAGACCAGUUGAACCAUUAAGAGAAAAAUUUUAUUGACUCUGUUCUCUUUUCCUCAGAAAGUAGAGAGUACAGCGUGUCCCGUCUUUAAUGGGGAGGUGAAAGAAGAAACAGUGUUUCAGGACGUGACUGAGGAGAAGCUGGAUGGUGUCAGACCUCCAAACCCAGACUCCACUGCAAUGGAGGAUCUAAAGAAGCACCAGCAGAUUCACACAGGCAAGAAGCCCUACCAGUGUUCAGAGUGUGCAAAGAGUUUUAGUCAAUUACAUGACUUUGAGACACAUCAACAAACUCACACAGAGGAAAAGUCUUAUCACUGCUGCUCCCAUUGUGGGAAGAGCUUCAGCAAUGUAGGAGACCUAAAGGAGCAUGAACUGAUUCACACAAAGCCCUACCACUGCCACCGGUGUGGGAAAAGGUACAGUGGUAUAUUAGCCCUAAAUAUGCACCAGCGGGUUCACACAAAGGAGAAACCCUACCAGUGCUCAGAGUGUGGAAAACGUUUUGGCUAUGUAGUUGGGUUAAAGAUGCAUCAACGAACUCACACAGGAGAAAAGCCUUAUCGCUGCUCAGAAUGUGGUAAGACUUUCGGUUAUCUAGCCAGCCUAACGAAACACCAGCGAGGUCAUACAGGAGAGAAGCCCUACCAGUGCUCCCAGUGUGGAAAGCGUUUCAACGAUCUAGGGAACCUAAAGGCACACCAUCAGAGACAUACAGGGCAGAGGCCCUACCAGUGUUCCCACUGUGGGAAGAGCUUUAGUAAUGUUGCAGGCUUGAAGUUGCACCAACGGGUUCACACAGGGGAGAAGCCCUAUCAGUGUUCCCACUGUGGGAAGCACUUCAGUCAGUCAGCACACCUACGGACCCACCUGCGGAUUCACACAGGGGAGAGGCCCUACCAGUGCACAGAGUGUGCAAAGAAUUUUCGUCAGUUACGUGACUUAAAGAAACACCUACAAACUCACACAGGAGAAAAGCCGUAUCACUGCUCAGAAUGUGGUAAGAAUUUUAGCCGGUCCAGCACCCUAAAGGUGCACCAGCGGAUUCACACAGGAGAGAGACCAUACCUGUGCUCUCAAUGUGGGAAGGGCUUCAAAGAGAUAGGAAACUUAAAGGCACACCAGUGGACUCACACAGGGAUGAGGCCCUACCAGUGCUCCGAGUGUGAGAAGAGCUUCAGUCAGUUAAGACAACUAAAGACACACCAGCAAAUUCACAUAGGCAAAUAGCCCUAGCAGUGCUCCCAUUGUGGGAAGAGUUUUAUUCAUGUAGGACAGCAACAGAUCCACCAGCGGACUCUCAUGGGAGAAGCCCUACCGCUGCUUGGAGUGUAAGAAGAGCUUCAGUCAAGCACGAGCCCUAAAGAUCCACAAACAGAAUCAUACAGGCGUGAGGGCCUGUUAUUAUUGUUUUUGUUAUUCUAUCGCAGUACUCAGACCAUUUGACCCAAAUCAGACAGUCAGUGGAGGUACUGUACCACCCCCGUAUACGCUUUGGCUGAUAUCUCCUGGCCUGUCACUCCUAGAGUCUAAAUACCUUUUUCUGCAGCUACAGGCAGCCAUGCCCUACCAGCUUGCCAGUUGGACUAUUAAGCUCUGCCUGGGAAGAUUUUUGGCUAAUUUUGCAUAGUUCGACUUCAUCCGACCAAAUCGGACAAAUGAGGUGUCAAAUCAGACCCCUGAACCGAUGCAUGCUUGUUAAAAUAAAGGUGCGUUCAACAUCCUGCAGCCGCUUACAGUGCUGGCUUAAAGCAAUGCAUCAUGGUUAGAUUUUUUUUUGUCCGGCUUCAGCCCGGCGUUGCAAAGCGUCACCACGCGUCACCACGUCACAUGGUACAAAAACCUCGCGAGGGCAAGACGACUUGAGCCAGAUUGUGCAGCACCUCUCAGCCGGCUGCACAAACUGGAGCCACCUCUGUGACGACACAACUUUGCCCUUAUUGGCUGAAGAUUUUAGUGUUACGCAUGACAUUUGUAUUCCAAGUAGUUCCAAUGCGUAAUCUAUUUCUCCCAAAAAGCACGUAAAGCAGUGAGAACUGGUUUUCAGUUAAUUUACCUGGUAAAAUAAAGUUUAAAUAAAUUACAUAAAUGCUUUAAUAGUACAUGUGAGUUAGUGUAUUUAUUGUAAGUUACUGUAAUGUUGCGCUGCUUUUGUUUAAACGUCUAGUCUGUGAAGAAGGCAUUCAAGUAAGAAUUGCAUUGUACUCUGUACAUAACAAUAAAAACUUUGAAUCCUUGAAA